AUGGCAGGCAGCUCCGCUCCUUGGAUCGGCAGCGCUUAUCUCUUCCUCCAGUCCACAUGCAAGACUAUUGUUCUGCCCUCUCUCUACGAAAGCUCCCAGAAGAAACCUAGUGUGUUCAGGGCGCUGAAGCUGGCAUUCGCAGACUGCACCGGCAGUGUGAAUGGUGUGGACAUGCUCAAAGUGCACUGCAGCCACCCGCACCUGAUAGUCCAGCUCAAGUUCUGCAAGCAGGAGAACUGCCGCCGGUUUCUGCAGAGUUACCGGGAAGGAGUGCUCCAGGAGUCCCUCCAGAAUCACCUCCAGCUCUCCUUGGCUGUGGCCACGGUGCCUCUUGAAAUGGAGCUGAAGGCUGGCAAUGAGCACCUCGACAAUAUGCUGAAGGAUGAGGAUCGCUGCCUGGAGUGCAUCUACAGAGAAAAGCCUGACCGCCUGCGGGAUGAGGAAAUCACAGAGCUGGAGGAAUGCCUCAAGAGCCUGAUUGUUCACCAGAGCAUCAACAACAAUAUGGCUGUAACAGACUAUGCGUCUCUGAACUCCCCAUCUCUACCUUACCCUUCUCAAGGCAGCUCCCUCUCCCCACAAGUCACCUUCGUCUUUCAGGGACAACAGUUCGCCAACAGAACGCUCACACCAGACGACCACCAGAAAUUUGCCAAGCUCGUGUCCAAGAAAUGGAAGCAAGUGGGUCGCUCUUUGCAGAAGAACUGCCGGGCCCUGCGGGAUCCUGUCAUUGAUAACCUGGCCCUUGAGUAUGACCGAGAGGGACUAUACGAACAAGCUUAUCAGCUGCUUCUCAGAUUUAUCCAGUCGGAGGGGAAGAAGGCCACAAUAGCACGGCUGAUCGCAGCCCUGGAAGAAAAUGGUCUCAUCAGCUUGGCUGAGGAGCUCUUGGGCCUCCAUUCCAACGAGGACUGCUCCUAGAGCCCGGAGGGUAGUGACAUUGCUAAGGGCUUUCUUGCUUUAGCUAGUGUAUGAGACUGCUGCCAGUGUCUGGGAAUGUAAAGUCCUGAAAAUCACCACAGGUUUCCAUGUAGAUGGGACAGCCCGGGGGAGAAGUUCUGCGCUCGCAGAAGCCAGCACGGACCUCUGAUGUUCUUUAUUUCAUUCUGUUUCCAGAAGUCAAUGUUACCUUCCUGUGAACUGGUGAGAGAGACUUUCAGCCUGACUUCCUUCAGGACUGCAAUGUCACAGGGAAGCAGCCAGACAGUUAGACAGCCCUAGGGGAGGGUGGGGGAGAGGAAAAA